UGUUCUGUUGGAGUAAGCAAUUUUUGCACCAACUCGAAUUGGAAUGCUUUUUGUGGUCUUAUCAUCACGAAGGUGCACUUGCUCGCUUGAUUACGAUUCCAACAAAGUGGAACCAGACAUUUCAACGCGUGUCGUAUUUGCAGCAUGGAGACUUACAACUUAAGGGACCCGAGACACUCUCCUUGAAUGCGUCAGACUGCCGCGGCGAAGGAUGGGCCCUUUUCUCUCGGCGAUUUGCGUCGUGCUGCUCGCCCUGAACGCCGCUGUCUCGCCGGCCUCUGUCGGCCCUGAGGACUAUCCCGCCACGGACGAGGCCGAGAGAACUGCCAACAAUGACAUCAUUUUCGAUGACUACCGAGGGAAAGGCUGCGUGGAUGACAGUGGCUUCGUGUACAAGCUCGGGGAACGCUUCUUCCCGGGCCACUCGAACUGCCCGUGCGUGUGCACGGAGGACGGACCUGUCUGUGAUCAACCCGAGUGCCCUAAAAUACACCCCAAGUGCACCAAGGUGGAACACAACGGCUGUUGCCCCGAAUGCAAGGAGGUCAAAAACUUCUGUGAAUACAGAGGGAAGACUUAUAAAAUCCUGGAGGAGUUCAAGCCUUCGCCCUGUGAAUGGUGUCGCUGCGAGCCAAAUAACGAGGUGCAUUGUGUGGUCGCUGACUGUGCAGUACCAGAGUGCGUCAACCCAGUGUACGAGCCAGAACAGUGCUGCCCCAUCUGUAAAAACGGUCCAAAUUGCUUCGCUGGAACGACGAUCAUCCCAGCUGGCAUUGAAGUGAAGGUGGACGACUGCACCAUCUGUCGGUGCCACAGUGGGGAUUGGUGGAAACCUGCGCAGUGCUUGCGCCGGGAGUGUCUCAACGGUCAGGCGUCGUCAUAGAACCCCUCUGGAGCUGAAGGGAGGGACACGGUGCGAUGUGCGGCGCAGCUGUCAGAGUAGGGGACGGCCCACCUUAUGACAGCGAGGGACUGAUUGGCAGGAGCACAAUUCCUCUGGCAAACUGAGAUGGCUGGACAUACUGAGAUACAUGGGACAUACUGUACACUCAGACAUACACACACACACACACACACACACACAUACGCACACACAUAAGUCCUUGGCAGAAUCAUAACAAGUGUCUUUCACUGAGGACACAUUUUUCUCCUGUGAUGAGUUCAUACUAGGGUGAACCUCAUGAAAACAUUUCACUCCAAAAUCAAGAGAAUAAAAUUAGAAAUGAUACUUUGCAUAAAUUCAUUAUAAUUUUUUGCACUUUGUCCUUUUUUUUCCAAUAAAAAUGAAUCCAAAUUUGCAUUUUAAAUUUGCCUCAAAAUUGUUUUAUUUGAGGAUUUUAUUUUAUUUAUUUUUUUUGGUAACUCCACAUAAUUAUUAGAUUCUCA